GCUCACACCAACAGGAGCUGCCACAAUGAAGGCGAGCAUGAAUCCCGUGGGUGUAUGAAAGCAUGCCAACGGCAAAUCAUCAAGCGCAAAAUUGCCCAAAAUCAUGAUGCACGCUUUCUGAACGGACAAUUAACCGUUACACGUGUGAAAUCGACAGAAUGGCUUCGUGGUCGGAGAAAAUGCUACAACUCCUGCGUCGAAUGAAUAACUUUCAUCUACCAGGUUCUAGUUUAGAGAGCUGUCUACGUUUUGAGGUGGCUGGAGAACAGGUUGGAUGGAUUUCCCCAAAAGUAGCAUCAGUUCUUGGUCGUUUUCCUGCUGUCUUCAGACCAUAUGGGAGCGCUAUAACCUUCUGCUCCGGGCUGGACACUUUUGAGAGCAGAUCGGUGGCUGUGGAUGAGGUCCUGCAGGAGCUGAGGAGAGAGGCAUCAUUCACCUGUCUCAUAGGCUGGAGAGAUGAGGAUGAAUUUUAUUUUCAGCAAUAUGCUGUGAUGCCCAGGUAUUGCGACCCUCCGUUGAUGUAUAUGGAGAGAGCAGCUACAAGUCUGUUUGGAGUGAAACGGUACGGCGUCCAUGUCAAUGGCUACACACGGGAUUCAAGUGGCAACCUUAAUAUGUGGCUAGCACGACGAUCUCUGACCAAACAGACGUAUCCAGGAAGACUGGACAACAUGGCAGCUGGAGGACUGGCAGCAGGCUGUAGUGUAAGGCAUACCAUGGUUAAAGAGUGUGAAGAGGAGGCCUGUAUCCCUCCAGGCCUGGCAGAGCAAGCGCGUCCUGUGGGAACUGUGAGCUACACCUACGAGGAUGACGAAGGAAUAUUUCCUGAGUGUCAGUUUGUUUUUGAUUUAGAGCUGCCUCUCAAUUUUCAGCCUCACAUUGGAGACGGAGAAGUGCAAGCGUUUUACUACUAUCCAAUAGAGAAGGUGAAAGAUCUCCUGGUCAGUGAGGAGUUCAAGCCGAACUGUGCCAUGGUGGUUCUGGACUUCCUCAUCAGACAUGCCAUCAUUGAGCCCGACUCAGAACCCUACUAUCAUGAAUUUGUGGCUGGAUUGCACAGAUCACUGUAAAAACUGACUGAUGGUGUUAAAGCCUGUGUCAACCUGCAACAGUUUGGUAUUUUUGUUAUCUACCUCUGCUUUUAACUCCUAACAUUGUCAGCAUGUGUACUUGUUUACUGAAGACCACAUUUAUACGGUGGCCAAGAAAGCUCAACACGCUGCAACUUAAGAAAACACAUGCAAACUGAAAAAACACCAGCAAAUGAAGAAAACCUCUUCAUUAGUUUGACAACACGUGUUGCAAAUCAUCACAACACAUGCAUAUAACAAAACGCGCUGCAAAUCAUCACAACACAUGCAUAUAACGAAACGCGCUGCAAAUCAUCACAAACCAUGCAUAUAACGAAACGCUGCAAAUCAUCACAAACCAUGCAUAUAACGAAACGCUGCAAAUCAUCACAACACAUGCAUAUAACGAAACGCUGCAAAUCAUCACAAACCAUGCAUAUAACAAAACGCGCUGCAAAUCAUCACAACACAUGCAUAUAACGAAACGCUGCAAAUCAUCACAAACCAUGCAUAUAACGAAACGCUGCAAAUCAUCACCACACAUGCACAUUAAGAAACAAUUAAUGAAGCAUUGCAAAUUUAUUUUCAUUAACCUUGAAAUUAUAUUUAGCUGAGGAAAUUAAAGUAAGCCAUCUUAAGUAACGUUUUACAUUUAAGCAUGUAAUUAUUCAGCUUAUUUAGGCUAAUAAUAUCCAAAAGAUAAAGGAAUCAUGCAAUCAGGGUGUUUAAAAAAAACAACAACUCCACUGACCAGUAGCCACUGCACGAUAAACAAAUCCCAGCUGGGUCUGACAAUUUUUUGGUGUCUCCUUGAAACAUUUCCAAUGUGGUCAGUGGUAUUUGCAGCAGAAUUUGCAGCGUUUCUUAAUUUGCAUGAGUUGUGAAGAAAUUGUAGCUUGUUUCUUUAUAUGCAUGCGUUGUGAUGGAUUUGUAGCGCGUUUCUUUAUAUGCAUGCAUUGUGAUGGAUUUGUAGCGCGUUUCUUUAUAUGCAUGCAUUGUGAUGGAUUUGUAGCGCGUUUCUUUAUAUGCAUGCAUUGUGAUGGAUUUGUAGCUUGUUUCUUUAUAUGCAUGUGUUGUGAUGGAUUUGCAGCGCGUUUCGUUAUAUGAAUGUGUUGUGAUGAUUUGCAACACUUUUGUUGUCAAAUUGAUGAUGUUUUUUUUUAUUUGCUGUUUUUUUUUUCAAUUUGCAUGCGUUUUCUUAAAUUGCAGCGCUUUGAGCUAUCUCGGCCACCGUACAUUUAGCCGGUGAAGACCUUUUACGCAAACAUAACCCGGAGAAGAGACAAAAUAAAGACCCAAGCAAAGUUACCCUAUAAGAAUUUAUUUUUUCAAUACAUUUCAAAUGAGUGUGGAAAUCCAAAGAUGCACUGGUAUACAAAAGAUAAUUGAUGCAUCAAAGGCUCUUUUUUCUUUUCUUACAAUGAAAUGCAGAACCUCUUCGAAGAAAUUACUUGCAUUUAAUAAUAUGGCAUUAAACAGCUCUCUCAAAAUCACA